AUGAGGAUAUCUCCGGCUAUUAUGAAAGCUCCUAAACGACUAUCCCAUUCGCUGAGAAUGUCUUCAACCAAGGCCCUUACCGUGAAAAAUAUAAAUCCACAAGUGGUCACUAUGCAAUAUGCGGUUCGCGGACCAAUAGUCAUCAGAGCCGUUGAGAUAGAAAAAGAACUUGCCAUGUUAAAAAUUAUCUCGAUGCAUUCAGGGUGCCAGCAAACCUUUCAAAAGUGUGAUCAAAGCAAAUAUUGGGGAUGCUCAUGCUAUGGGACAAAAGCCCAUCAAUUUGUCAGACAGGUACUCUCCUGUGUGUCAAAUCCCUCGCUUAUGGAGACAGGGAAGUUUCCAACAGACGUGAUUGAACAUUCAAAGGCUGUUCUCAAGGGGUGCGGAGGUCACAGCACUGGUGCUUAUAGUGAAAGCACUGGAGUCGAAAUAAUCCGGAGGCAUAUUGCUGAGUAUAUAACGGUAUAG